AUGCACCCUGCAGAGAUGAACUCCAAAAACCAGGCUAUCAUGCAAACCCAAAAUUCCAAGCCUACCUUUCCUACCUUCUAUUUAUUCCCUAAACAGGGACAAGCCCCCAGUACCCCCCUUAAGGCAGUGUCCAUUUCCCUCUAUCUUUGUGCAUCGCUCUUAGUAACAUUAACCGAGAGUAUUGGUGCUUAUGGUGUGACUCCUCCUCCUGAGACCAAAUCCACUCCUGAUAAUCCACAAGCAGUGUCAAAUGAAUCACAGGCCUUUCUAACCCAGGGUCCUGUCCCCGGACACCCACCCAAUUGCUCAAAUAUCAUAGAUGAAAAGUGUUCUGUUAUUCUAGCCAUAACAUGCAAAUUUUACCUUGUACUAUAUGGCUUUGUGAAACUGAAGUUAUACCCCAAAAAUAAGAAACUAUUUUGCCCGAGUUGGGGCAAAGAAGCCAGAGAAGCCAUCCACCCAAGGGAAAGAGGGCAAAGAAAAGCUGUUGUCAUUGACUCAGAUGAGGAAGAUCCCCUUCCUUCCUCCAAUAAGAAGAGAGUUUUAGCUUCUGACUCUGAUGAUGAUAUCUUCUGUGUGACUAAAAAUAAAAAACAAAUCAAGAAAGAAGAGCCAGCAGCAUUACCCAAACCAACCACCCCAAAAUUAAAACCUGUGGCUCCUUCAGAUUUUUUUGGAACUUCACCAUUGAUCAGAAAAGAGGAGAGGAAACCAUCAUUAAAAAGAAAAAAAAGCAGAGACAGCAGUAUAGAUGAUAACAGUGAUGAUGACUUCGAGAAAACUCUGGAGCAGCUUGACAGGCAGCAGCAGCAUGCAUCCAAGAGACCAAAACAGGAGACCAAGUCUCCCUCAGGGAAGGAGACAAAGCCAAAGCCAAAUGAAAAUAGCCCUCCAAAUAAGGACAGUCCUAAGGGAGGUCUAGCAAGUAAAUUGUCAGCUAAACUAAAAGAGAGCACUGAUAUAAAAGCGAUAAAGGAUGAGAAAACAACACCGCAAAAAGAUAAGGAAAAAUUGCAUAGCCAUGAAAAAAAAAAAAAAUACAAAGCUGAGAAGCAUGAAGAUGUACAAUCUCCAAAUGAGAAGGAUAAGAAUAUAAUUGCAGAGAAAAAGGAGAGAAUAAGUCCCAAGAAGGAGAAAAUUACACCUAAGAAAGAGAAAGGCAAUCCAUCAGACAAAGAAGCAUUAUCAGUAGUGAAAAAGAAAACCCCUAAAAAGAGUGAGACAAGUGAAAGUGAAGAAGUUGGAUCCACCCCCCAGCCAGAGGAAAAGAAGAAAAAUUCAAAGGCAGCUUAUCUUAAGUUUUUGCAGAGAUCUGGGCCCAGUAAUCCAGGCAGCAAAGAGAUUCCUGAGGGGGAGCCAGACUGUCUGCAAGGCCUUGUGUUUGUGCUUAGUGGUGUAUAUGAAAGUCUGGAUAGGGAGGAAGCCUCAGAGUUAAUUAAACCAUAA